CCCCGGGAAUUAGGGCUCCAGCGCGUGUACUGGCGGUGCUGUGGCGGCCCGCCACAGUAGUUGUCCAAACCCUAGUUCUUUCUUUUCACUCUCUCUUCCUCUAGGCGAUCGAUCGAGGUAAGCGACUGUCACGCGCGGCGCGGGGUAGAUCCGGAGGCUAGGGUUUAUAUUUGGCCGCCAUGGCUACUGCGGUUGUCGCGCAAGCAUCGUCCUCCUCGUCCCUGAUGCCACCGCCGCCUCCGUCAGCCGGGGCGGAGGAGAUCCUAGCUCAGGCGCUGGAGAUUCAAGACGCGGACCCGCCCAGGGCGAUCUCGCUGCUGCAAUCCGUGCUGCGGGACUCGUCCAGCGCGGCGGAGGUGCUGCGCGUGAAGGAGCAGGCAAUCUCGGUGCUGUCGGAGCUCUUCUCGCAGCAAAAGAGGGCCGAGGAUCUGCGCAGCCUGCUCACGGAGCUCCGCCCCUUCUUCGCCGUAAUCCCAAAGGCCAAGACCGCCAAGAUCGUGCGCGGGGUGAUCGACGCCGUGGCCAAGAUCCCAGGCACCUCCACGCUGCAAAUAUCGCUGUGCCGGGAGAUGGUGGAGUGGACGCGCACCGAGAAGAGGACGUUCCUCCGGCAGAGAGUGGAAGCGCGCCUCGCAGCGCUGCUCAUGGAAGUGAAAGACUACUCCGAGGCGCUGGCGCUCAUCACGAAGCUCGUGAGAGAAGUCCGCAAGCUCGACGACAAGCUCCUCCUCGUCGACAUCGAUCUCCUCGAGAGCAAGCUCCACUUCGCGCUGCGCAACCUCCCCAAGGCCAAGGCGGCGCUCACGGCCGCCAGGACCGCCGCCAACGCGAUCUACGUUCCUCCAGCGCAGCAGGGAACCAUCGAUCUCCAGAGCGGCAUCCUCCACGCCGAGGAGAAGGACUACAAGACGGGCUUCAGCUACUUCUACGAGGGAUUCGAGGCCUUCAACGCGCUGGACGAUCCCAGGGCCGUGUUCUCGCUCAAGUACAUGCUGCUGUGCAAGAUCAUGACCAACCAGGCCGACGACGUUGGCAGCUUGAUCUCGUCCAAGGCCGGGCUCAAGUACACCGGGGUGGAGCUCGACGCCAUGAAAGCUGUGGCGGAAGCUUACGCCAAGCGCUCGCUCAAGGACUUCGAGGAGGCGCUGGCCACGUACAAGCCGCAGCUGGAGGAGGAUCCCAUCGUCCACCGGCACCUCUCGUCGCUCUACGACACGCUGCUGGAGCAGAACCUCUGCCGGCUGAUCGAGCCUUUCUCGCGGGUGGAGAUCACGCACAUCUCGCGGCUCAUCGGGCUGCCCAUUGAGACGGUGGAGAAGAAGCUGUCGCAGAUGAUACUGGAUAAGAAGUUCUUGGGGACGCUGGACCAGGGUGCCGGGUGCCUCAUCAUCUUCGACUCGGCCCAAACGGAUGGGAUCUAUCCGGCGACGCUGGAUACCAUCUCGAACGUGAGCAAGGUGGUGGAUAGCCUCUACUUGAAGUCUGCCAAGAUCAUGGCUUAGAGAGCAGUGCUUGUUCUCUCUUCUUUCCACUUCCGAGAAAGUUUUUACGGCGUUUCUUCCAUUAUAAUUUGCACAGCUCUGGAACAGCCAUCCUGCAUUGGAGUUCCAGUUUGAGCUUUAGACCAAA